AAAUGUACACACGCACGCAUGUUUGAGUUAAGAGUUUGAAUUAUAAUAAAUCAUAAUAAUUUAAUCAAUUCAAAUCGCAACGGCCAAUUUGCAUUGACUGUCGUACUGAAGGCAUUCGUAAGAUGACUUUCACGCGAAUAAAAACUCUAACAUUGCUCGUGUGUACGCUACUGGCACUGACUUUUCCCGGAUAUGUGAAUUGCGCUAAUAAGAAAGGAUCACAGCCAGCGGCAGCUGCGGCGGCGGCGGCGGCGCCACCCCUCGAGCCCGAAGCCGUUAUUGAGGAGGUCAAUGCCAAGCAGUUGGAAAAGCUAUUGGCUGACAAGGAUUAUGUUGCCGUCUUCUGGUAUGCGCGUAGCUGUGUUACCUGUGAUAAGGUUUUAGCGGAGCUCGAAAAAAUUGACGAUGACACCGACUCGUUCGGUGUGGACUUUGUGAAAAUUAACGACAAACGACUAGCCAAACAAUAUGGCAUCAAAACCUUCCCAGCGCUCACCUACUUCAGAGAGAAGGAGCCCAUCAUCUACGAUGGCGACCUGAUGGAUGAGGAGGGCGUGCUCGAUUUUCUAACAUCACUCGAGGCCAUGGAUCUGCCCGAUCGCAUCGAGGAGGUCAAUGCCAAGAUAUUGCAAAAGAUUAUCGAGGAUACAGAUUUUGUUGCCGUUCUCUUCUGUCCCGAUCAUGAAACAUGCCCACCCCGGGUAAUGGAUAAACAGCAGUGCCGCAAGUGCGCCAAGGCCUUGCAAGAAUUGGAGAAUAUCGACGACGAGGCCGAUCAGCUGGGCAUCGGCUUUGUCAAGAUCCACGACGAGGCAUUGGCCGAUGAAUACAAUUUGGGCAAUCUGCCGGUAUUGGUCUACUAUCGCCAUCAGACACCAAUUAUUUAUGAAGGUGAACUGCAGCGCGAGGAGGACGUCUUGGAGUGGUUGGUGCAAAAUAAAUCGACCGGCGAUGAGGAUGAUGUGAUCGAGGAUGUUACAUCCAAGACCUUGUCGACGCUCAUUAACAAUAUCGAUAAUUUGGUUGUACUAUUCUAUGAUCACGGCAAUGAUGAUUCGAUGACCGUAUUGGAAGAGCUAGAACAAAUCGACGAUGACUGCGACAAGCAUGGCAUACAAUUCGUGAAAAUCGAUGAUGCCAAGGCCGCAGCCGAUUACGGAAUCGAUUCGAUUCCGGCAAUUGUAUACUUUGAAAAAGAAAUUCCAAACGUUUACGAUGGCGAUCUCAUGGAUGAGGAACAGAUACUUAAAUGGUUGUUGGGUCAGUUGGAACAUGAUGAGAUCGAGGAUGUCACCGAUGAAAUGCUCGAUACAAUGAUUAAGGAAGGACGCGUCAUUGCAGUGCUGUUCUACGACAACAACGACAAGAAAUCCCAAAAGGUGCUUGAAGAGCUCGAGAACAUUGACGACGAAUGCGACGCACUGGGCAUUACUUUCGUGAAAAUCGACAAUCCCGAGGAGGCCGUCGAAUAUGGCAUCAAUAAAGUUCCUAAACUGAUAUACUUUGAAAAAGGCAUUCCAACUAUAUACGAAGGCAAUCUGGAGGACGAGGAGAAACUAUUGAAAUGGCUAGAAGAACAAACUAGUUCCGAUCAAAUCGAAGACAUUACAGAUGAAAUGUUGGAUUUGAUCAUUGAGAAAAUGCCACACGUAGCCGUGCUCUUCUAUGACAAAGAUCAAAAGAAAUCACAGAAAAUCCUUGCCGAAUUGGAAAACAUUGAUGAUGAAUGCGAUCAAAACGAUAUCGCGUUCGUUAAGAUCGAUGACGACAAGGAGGCCAAGGAAUGGGGCAUCGAUGAAAUACCAUCGAUAGUGCUGUUUGAGCGCGGCAUUCCCCACAUCUAUGAGGGUGAUCUGAUGAAGGAGGAUGAACUGCUUGGCUGGCUGGUGCAUCAGAAGCGUUAUUCUGAAAUUCCCGAGGUUACCGAUGAGAUGAAGGACAAACUGGUCGAGAACACCGAACAUCUGGCGGUCAUUUUCUACGAUAAGGAUGACAAACAGGAUAUGCGCAUUCUGAACGAAUUGGAGAAUAUUGACGAUGAGCUCGAAAAGGAGGGCAUUGUCAUUGUGCGCAUCGAUAAUGCCGCCGAGGCCAAGGAAUAUGGUCUGGAUCAUUUGCCAGCAUUGAUUUACUUUGAGAACAAGAUACCGGCUCUUUACGAAGGUGAUCUGAUGAACGAGGACGAGGUCCUCGAAUGGCUGUUGGUGCAGAAGAAAACAGCUACCAUCGAGGAGGUCACCGACGAGAUUCUUGUCAACUUGAUCAAUGAGCAUGAAUAUGUUGUCGUAUUCUUUACGGGUCCCUGCGAACCGGGCGAGACCUGCGAUCACACACUGAACGCAUUGGAGAGCAUCGACGAUGAACUCGAUGAGGCUGGCAUCAUAUUUGUUACCACUGAGGAUACCGGCAUCGCUAAGAAAUAUAAUGUCAAAUCCUAUCCACGAUUGGUGUUCUUCAGAAAUCGUGAUCCAUUGCACUUCACUGGCGAUUUGGAUGACGAGGACGAGGUUCUGGCCUGGAUCACCGAUGACGAAACCCUCGAAAUUCCCGGCAAAAUCGAGGAGGUCAAUGUAAAAAUGUUGGAUAAGAUAUUGGCUGAAAACGAUCAUGUCGUUGUGUUCUUCUACGCUGAGGGCGAUAAGAAGGCGCAAAAGAUUCUCAACGAACUGGAGAACAUCGAUGACGAAUGCGAGGAAAAAGACAUCGACUUUGUAAAGACAUCCGAUGACGAUAUCGAUAAGGAAUACGAUCUGCCCGGUUUGCCGGCGCUUGCAUUUUAUAGACAUAAGUUUAGAACAAUUUACACCGGUGAUCUGAUGAAGGAGGAGGAAAUUCUGGAAUGGGUUAUCGAUUUGCAUGAAUCGACUGCUGAUGUUAUUGAAUCGGUUGAUCGCAAAACGCUGCAAGUUUUGAUCAACGACGUUGAACAUCUAGCCGUUUUCUUCUACGAUGAUGAGUGUGAGACGUGCCCUGGCAUUUUGGAAGAAUUGGAGAAUAUCGAUGACGAUACCGAUAAACAUGGCAUUCAGUUUGUCAAAUCGAAUGACGUGAAGCUGGCCCAUGAAAUUGGCAUUUUCGCAUUCCCAGCCCUAGUCUACUACGAGACGGGCGUUCCGAUCAUGUAUGAUGGUAAUUUGGAGAGUAACGAAGAGGUAUUCAAUUGGAUAUUGGAACAGAAGGCCGAUCAAAGCAUUGAGCUUAUAAACCGCGAUCAACUAAUUGAAUAUAUAGCCACCAAAGACUUUUUAGCGGUUGUCUUCUAUAAAGAGGAUGAUCCGGACUCGCCGCGCGUGCUGCGCCACAUUGAACUGAUCGACGAUGAGGCUGCCGAAUAUGGCAUUUAUAUAGUCAAAAUGCACGACAAGCUGAUGGCCAAGAAAUAUGGCUAUAGAAAUCCGCCCGGCUUGACCUAUUUCCGCAAGGGCAAAUAUAUCAACUACGAUGGCGACAUCGAUGACGAAGAGGAGAUCCUCGAUUGGCUGACAAGUCCUGCGAACAUGGAAAUGACCGAUCACAUCGAGCAGGUCAAUCGGAAAAUGUUUGAGAAAAUACGCAAAAAUUCCGAUUAUGUUGCCGUCAUAUUCUACAGCGACGAGUGCAAGCAGUGUCCACGCGUCCUGGCCGAGGUGGAGCACAUCGAUGAUGAUGCCGACAAGGCUGGCAUUGACUUUGUCAAAAUCGACGACAAGCAAAUGGCCAAGGAAUAUGGAGUCUUCGCACUGCCCGCCAUUGUGUUCUUUAAGCCCACCUCCAAGGAGCCAGUUAUAUACGCCGGUGAUCUUUAUGAAGAAGAACAGAUCCUAUCUUGGUUACUUACGCAAAAGGAUCCAAGUGGAGAUGUUAUUGAAGAUCUCGAAGGCGAAAGACUUGUUCAAUUAAUCGAAGAGUCUGGCUCCAUUGCCGUCUAUUUCUGGAAUAAGACCAAAUGCGAUAUUUGCAAUUCGAAAGCAGCGCGCAAGGCGCGUCUGAAAAAGGAGCGCGAACAGCAUCAACAGGAUGGCGGGUCAGCUAGUGCGGCCGCCGCCUUUGGCAGCGAUCCAGAGGCAACUGCUGCGGCUGCCGAGGCAGGUGCUGCUGCUGCUGGUGGUGCUGGUGGUGAGGGUGGAGCAACGGAUGCUGCCGCUGCAGCGGGCAAACAUGAAGAUGAUGCCGAUGGCUGUGAGCAGUGCACCAAAGUCUUGGAGGAGCUGGAGAAUAUAGACGAUGAUUGCGAUAAGCAUGGCAUCACAUUUGUGAAAACUCGCGAUUUCUCUGUGGCGGACGGCUAUGGAGUGCACGAGUAUCCGGCGCUAGUUUACUUCGAAGGCGGCAUACCCAAUGUAUUUGAAGGUGAGCUCAGCGAGGAGGAGGAAGUUCUACAGUGGCUUAUAACACAGAAAACCGAGGAUCGCAUUGAGCUGAUAACACGUCAAAUGCUCGAGACUAUGGUCGAAGAGACGCAAUAUUUAGCUGUUUAUUUCUACAAAAUCAAUUGUAAUAUCUGUGAUCAGAUAUUGGAGGGUCUCGAGCUGAUUGAUGAUGAAUGCGAUGUUUUUGGCAUACACAUGGUUAAGAUACAGGAUCCACAGUUGGCCAAGAGAUAUUCCAUUAAGACGUUCCCCGCUUUAGUUUACUUCCGCAAUGGCAAUCCUUUGCUCUUUGAGGGCGAUCUGCAGAAUGAACAAUCUGUCCUAGAGUGGCUGAUAGACGAUGAUAAUCGCGAAUUGGCCGAUGAAAUUGAAGAGGUUAAUGAACGCAUGUUGGAUCGUCUGAUGGCUGAAUCCACUUUACUAGUUGUGUUCUUUUAUGAUGAUGAUUGUGCUGAGUGUGAGGAAAUUCUGGAGGAGCUGGAAGAAAUUGAUGGCGAGGCAGAUAUGUUUGGCAUUGACUUUGUUAAGAUUGCAAGCGUUGAAGCGGCCAAGAAAUACGAAAUUGUCAAUAUACCCUCGUUGGUAUAUUUCCGCAAACAAGUGCCCGUUCUCUAUGAUGGUGAUUUACAUCAGCAUGAUAAGGUUAUCACUUGGCUAACAUCUCAGGAUGUAUUCGAAAUUAAAAACGAAAUUGAAGAGGUUAAUCGCAAAAUGCUUGAUAAGCUGCUUGAGGAAAACGAAUUUCUAUCCGUGUUCUUUUAUGAGCACAAUCAGCCGGAUAGCGUGGCCGCGUUGGAGAAACUGGAGAAUAUUGAUAGCGAAACGGAUAAUCUGGAUAUAACCUUUGUCAAAAUGGCCGAUUCGCGCUAUGCCAAAAAGUGGGGCGUUACCAAACUGCCAGCCAUGGUCUAUUUCCGGCGUCGUUUUCCCAGCAUAUAUAGAGGCGAUUUGCUCUCGGAGGAUGAGGUGCUCGAAUGGCUGCGCAAGAAUCGCUUCCGUCAGCCAGAGCUGAACAUAUUCAUGUACGCUCUGAUAGCCCUGGCGCUGGCAUUCGUUGUCUAUACCGCGUUUCUGCUGCAGUGCUUCAAGCCGGCACCGCCUCCGCCCGUGCAGCAUCCGAAGCAGUCGUGAUGAGAUUUUACUUAGUGAAUUUCAACUGUAGCUCAACUGCAACUAGAGAAUUGUUGAAGGGAUUGGCAGCUACGAGAAGGGCGUGCCAGAGAUGCGUAGAAGAGCGAGAGUACGAGAGCAAAUGAAAAAACCUAAAUAAACGAAACGAACACACACGAACAUACACACACACACACACUCACACAUACGCAGACAACUAAACAUCAUCAUUGCAUUACAUUAAACUAAACGAACUAUCAUCAAGGAAUCGUCUAAAUUAGACGACUUUUAAGCAAAAUGACUUUAUAACGACAGAGCCGACUAUGCUGCCCCCAAGUAUUGCGCGAGAGAACCAAAGAGAGAAUGAGAGAGAGAGAAAAAGUCCCUGGUGACAGAACAUUGCAAAUAUAACGUACUAUAAUCAUUAUGAUAUUGAUGAUAAUAAUAAUGACAAUCCGUUGACUUUUACGCAGAUCUACGUAAACAUUUAUAUAAAUACCUUUUGAGACAAGUUUCUGGCUGCUUCCACAUUUGUGGAAUCUCACAUUUCACCACACAUAAAUAAUUAAAUCAACACUCAAGUCAUAGUAAUUACUAUUA